UUAUCAUUUGGUUUUGGAUUGGAUUUGGCAUUCAUUCUUUUUCAAUUUGAUUGAUAAGCUCUUAUGGCUAACGAAACAAAAUGGGCUACGAUUUAGCUAGAUUCCCGAAUGGUAACGUUGAUGAAGAACUUAUCUGUCCUAUUUGUACAUCAGUACUAGAAGAACCUUUGCAAGCACCAAAUUGUGAACAUGCAUUUUGUUCUGCAUGUAUAAAAGAAUGGCUUGAUCGUGAUUCAAUUUGUCCAGUUGAUCGGCAACCGUUAACAAUGGAUGAACUAAAACCAGUGCCUAGAAUCCUAAGAAAUCUACUUGCACGCCUUGAUAUAAUCUGUGAUAAUGCGGAAUUCGGUUGCCAAGAAGUUGUUAAAAUAGAAUCAUUACAAUCGCAUCAUAAGGAUUGUAAAUUUAAUCCAAAACGUCCGAUCGAAUGUAGUAAAGGUUGUGGAUUUGUCAUACCUAAAGAUGAAAUUCAGAAUCACAAUUGUUUCAAAGAUCUACGUUUAUUUGUCGAACAAGAAUCGAAAAAAAUGGAACAACAAUAUCAAGAAUUAAAAGGCUAUCUGAAUUCAAUACGUGAUUGUCUUCGGCAGAUAUUACCAUUGACAACAACCGGAACUAUAGGUUGUGCAUUACCACCGAAUUCAUCAUCAACAUUCAAACCGAUACCAAUUUGGUGUCAUUUUUUUCCUCGUGCAAGAGUACUACGUUGGGGUGGACUAAUUAGUACACCCGAUUUAUCAAUACAAUUUGCAGUGAAAAAAGCAUUAAUCGAUACUGGUUGUCCAAUUUCAACUGUUAAUGAAUUGAUGGAAAAUUCACAUGAACGUAAAUGGCCACCUGGUCUUAGUACAUUGGAAAUUCGUCAAGUAAAUCGUCCAUUAUUUGACAAUUAUAUUUGUCGUAAAAUAACCGGACAACAAGCUGUAUUGGUAACUAGUUAUGAAAAUCAACAUAUGAAUGAUGAUAUGAUACUUGAACCUGGAUUAAUAAUGAUAUUUGCUCAUGGUAUCGAAUAUCUUGAUUCAUCUAAUAAUCGAUAAAUUAUCAUUUAUUUGCUAUUUGUUAUCAAUAUUUAUCAAAACUAAUCAAUUUUUUUAAAAUUUCCGCUUAGUCAAUUGUGAUUGAAUCAUUUGAAUUUAAGAAUUGAAAAAAUCUAAACACACAUGGCAUCAUUGAUCUAUCUUGAAAAAAAAAAUUUUCCGAAAAAAAACGAAUUCAAAAGAAAUUAUUUUUUUUUUGUCUGCUAAUAAAUAAAUGAGAAAAAAAA